ACGCCUCCAACCCCACCACGGCCUCGCUCUCCCCCUCCACAACCACCCGACAGAGAUGUCGUUCGUCAAGCUCAGCAUAUUUGGUACCUCCUUUGAGGUUACAACCCGAUAUGUCGACCUUCAACCCGUAGGAAUGGGUGCCUUCGGUCUCGUCUGUUCCGCAAAGGAUCAGUUGACUGGCUCGUCUGUCGCGAUCAAGAAGAUCAUGAAGCCCUUCAGCACACCAGUCCUCAGCAAGCGCACCUAUCGCGAGCUCAAACUUCUCAAACAUAUCCAGCACGAGAACAUCAUCAGCUUGAGCGACGUCUUCAUCUCUCCCCUCGAGGACAUCUACUUUGUCACCGAGCUUCUCGGAACAGAUCUCCACAGACUGCUCACUUCUCGCCCGCUCGAGAAGCAAUUUAUCCAGUACUUUCUCUACCAGAUCCUCCGAGGUCUCAAGUAUGUGCACUCGGCUGGCGUCGUCCACCGCGAUCUCAAACCAAGCAACAUCCUCAUCAACGAGAAUUGUGACCUCAAAAUCUGCGACUUUGGUCUCGCCCGCAUACAAGAUCCCCAAAUGACCGGCUACGUCUCGACGCGUUACUACCGCGCGCCGGAGAUCAUGCUCACAUGGCAGAAGUACGACGUCGCGGUCGACAUCUGGAGCGCCGGCUGCAUUUUCGCUGAGAUGCUCGAGGGCAAGCCGCUUUUCCCAGGCAAAGACCACGUUCACCAAUUUUCGAUCAUCACCGAGCUCUUGGGCACUCCCCCGGAAGAUGUCAUCCAGACGAUUGCUAGUGAGAACACCCUCCGUUUCGUCCAGAGCUUGCCGAAGCGCGAGCGCGUGCCCUUCAGCGAGAAGCUGCACUGCAAUGAUCCUGUCGCCAUCGACCUUCUUGAGAAAAUGCUUGUCUUUGACCCCCGAAAGCGCAUUAAUGCCACUGAGUCGCUCGCACACGAGUAUGUCGCUCCUUACCACGACCCCACGGACGAGCCCGAGGCGGCCGAGAAGUUCGAUUGGAGUUUCAACGAUGCAGACCUUCCGGUAGAUACGUGGAAGGUCAUGAUGUACAGCGAGAUCCUCGACUUCCAUCAGGUUGGCGACUCGCGACUGAGCGGUGGCGUACCGGGAGGCGCCCUUGCAGGUCCCGAUGACCAGACUGCGGCCGUCGCUGCAGCAGCAUAACUAAUCAUUCUAGCCGUCAUCUGUUAUGUCUCUUCAUCUUGCAGUGCGGACUUCAAGUACCUAGACGACGCCUCCUUUUUCAGGGCUUUCGAUCUCGUGCGCUUAUCUCCCGUACGUUACCCGACCUCGCUCAUAACCUCCCUGACACCCAUCCAUAUCCGUUCCCUACGAUUCACGAUCUACUCCCGCUGGCUUUAGCGCGCGCUCUUCAACGUGUCGCUGCGGUAUAUUACUACCUCUCUUGUACGCCUCCAGUCACUGUAUAACACGGCCAGACUCUCCCUGUUGUAAUACCCCGACCCUCUCUCCCUGUCUCAUGUUAUCCGUCCCGAGUGUGAGCGUCGCCGGUGACGGUGUUGACGCUGAUGCGAUCUUGGUCCCAUUGCACUUAUUGUAGUACC